CUGGGUUGACAGUGUUUCAUUGAGCUGACUGGAACGAGCAAGAACGUUGCACCUUUAACAUUGUGUGUGCGGAAGAAUCUUUAACUGGUUGUCCAACCUGGAUAGUCACAAGGACAUUGACACCAUGAAAAAACAGUGGAAAUGUGAGGAUUGUGGUAAAGGAUUCAAUUAUUCAUGCAGACUGGAAAACCAUCGCCGUAGUCACACUGGGGAGAAGCCCUACAUCUGUUCCAUGUGUGGAAAGGGAUUUACUCAGACAGUGUCCCUGAUGUCACACCAGCGAAUUCACACUGAGGAGAGGCCCUACUGCUGCACUCAUUGUGGGAAGAGGUUCAAGUAUUCUUCCACCCUCACUGCCCACCAGCGCAUCCACACAGGCGAGAGACCGUUCACCUGCUCAGUGUGUGGGAAGGGAUUCACCCAGUCAUUCGUUUUGGUGAGGCACCAGAGGGUUCACACCGGAGAGCGUCCGUUCACCUGCUCUGUAUGUGGGAAGGGAUUCGCUCGGCUGUGCAGCCUCCAGUCACAUCACCUGGUUCACGGGUCUGAGGAGAAGCUGUUCAGCUGCACUUCCUGCGGAAAAAGGUUCAAGCAUUCCUCAACACUCAGUGCACACCGACGCACUCACACUGGGGAGAGGCCCUACACCUGCAGUGUGUGUGGGAAGGGCUUCGCUCAGUCACGGUACUUACUGAUGCACCAGCGAAUUCACACCGGGGAGAGGCCGUUCACCUGCUCUGUGUGCGGGAAGUCAUUCACUCAGUCCUCUCACCUGCUGUCGCACCAGCGAAAUCACACCAAGGAAUGUCCGUUCAGCUGCACGUCUUGUGGAAAGCGGUUCAAGCAUUCUUCCACUCUCUCAGUACACCAGAGAAUCCAUACUGGGGAGAAACCCUUCCAUUGCACUUACUGCGAGAAAAGGUUCAACAGUUCAUCCACCCUAACAGCACACCAGAGAAUUCACACUGGCGAGAAGCCGUUUGCUUGCUCUGUCUGUGGGAAGAGGUUCAGUCAGUCCUUCGACCUGGUGAGGCACCAGCGGGUUCACACGGGGGAUAGACCAUUCACUUGCCCCGUGUGUGGGAAGGGAUUUGCUCGGUUAUUUGGCCUCCAGUCACACCACAGGAUUCACACAGAGGAGAAUCAUCAUCGGAGUUUGGACAUGGAAGGAGGAGGCACCGUGCGCAGUGGGGAGGAAUUGUACACACGGUUUGUGUGUGGACAAGGCUUUGGCCAAUCAUCUGACCAGUUAGGACAUAAAUGUAGUUGUGGUAGGGAGAAGCUAUGGAAAUGUAUGGGCUAUGAGGGUGAAUCCAGAUCCUUGUCUAAACUAGAAACACAUUGGCGCAGUCAGGCCAGGGAGGGACUGUUCGCCUUCUCUGACAGCGGGAAGGGAUUCACUUCCUCUUCCACCCUGCUGACGCAGCACUGGGGUCGCACUGACGAGAGACCUUUCAAAUGCUCAGAUUGCACCAAAUGCUUCACAAGUUCUUGGGACCUGAUUUUUCACCGAUGCGUUCACACUGACGAGAGACCAUUCAGGUGCUCUCACUGUGGGGCUGGCUUCAGGACAUCAUCUGACCUCCUCGCACACCAGCCAGUUCACACCGGAGAGAGGCCGUUCGUCUGCUCCGAGUGUGGGAAGGGAUUCGCACAGUCUUCUACCCUUGUGAAACACCGGCACGUUCACACCGGCGAGAAACCGUUUGCCUGUUCGCGGUGUGGGGAGGCAUUCGCUCAGUCAUCCCACCUAGUGAGACACCAACGCAUUCACACUGGGGAAAGACCGUUUACCUGCUCCGAGUGCGGGAAGGGAUUCACUCAGUCGUCCACCCUGCUGACACACCAGAAGCUUCACACGGGGGAGAGACCGUUCACCUGCUCCGAGUGUGGGAAGGGAUUCACUCAAUCGUCCAAGCUGUUGAUACACCAGCGGCUUCACACUGAUGAGAGACCUUUUCAGUGCCCAGACUGUGCAAAGCGGUUCAAAAGUUCCGGGGAACUUAUGUCCCAUCAACGCGUUCACACCGACGAGAGACCAUUCAGGUGCUCUCACUGUGGGAUUGGGUUCAAGCGAUCGUCUGACCUCACUGUACACCAGCGAAUUCACACCGGGGAGAGGCCAUUCACCUGUUCACAGUGUGGGAAGGGAUUCACUUCCUCAUCCACCUUGCUGAUACACCAGCGAAUUCACACAGGGGAGAGACCAUUCAUGUGUUCUGAGUGUGGGAAGAGAUUCACUGAGUUAGCCAGCCUGCUGAAACAUCGGAGUACUCACAGUGAGGAGAGGCCAUUCACCUGCUUCCAGUGCGGGAAGGGAUUCAGUCGGUCAUCUACUCUGGUGACUCACUGGCGGGUUCACACUGGGGAAAAACCUUUCAUCUGCUUCAACUGUGGGAAGACAUUCACUCAGUUAUGCAGUCUGUUGAGACACCAGCGGGUUCACACUGGGGAGAGGCCAUUCACCUGCUCAGAUUGUGGGAAGGGGUUCACUCGGUCAUCUACCCUGCUGAAACAUCAGAAAAUUCAUAAGUAAACUGAGUCAUUAGAUUUUGCUGUUAAUCACGUCCAGGCCUGUGUCAUGUUCACUUGGAUACAUUUCUGCUGAUGUUUAUUAACUGCAGUGCAUACUAUAGGGGUUGAUAUGUGGAUUACGGUCAAAUAAAGUGACUUUGUUUUAAAUUCA